GAGGGAGGGGUUAUUAUGCCGAAAUUGGAGAAUGCUACUGCCAAAGCUGAGCUGGGGAGAGCGGCGUGGCGAGUAUUGCAUCUUAUGACCCUUCGAUAUCCAGAGUCCCCCACACCAGACGACCGCACCGCCCUCAAAUCCUACUUUCAACUCUUUGCCCGUCUCUACCCAUGUGGGGAAUGCGCCGAAGAAUUCCAGGCUCUUCUCAAGCAAUAUCCACCUCAGACGUCAAGUCGGAAAACAGCGUCAAUGUGGCUGUGCAGCGUGCAUAAUCGGAUCAACGAACGGUUGGGCAAGGCGGAGUUUGACUGUUUGACGUUGAAUGAGGUGUAUGAUUGUGGGUGUGGGCCAGAG